CAGAGUUGGUUGAUUUUACGUUGCCCUAUGCGGAAGGAGGGGUAUCAAUGGUGGUGCUAGUGAAAAAAGAUAUGAGCAAGGAUACAUGGAUAUACCUCAAGCCAUUGGAGUGGAAGCUCUGGGUAACAACAGGGACCUUCUUUUUUAUCAUUGGUGCUGUCGUUUGGAUUCUCGAACACAGAGUAAAUAGGGAGUUCAGAGGAGGGCCUCAUCCUUUGUAUCAGUGGGGCACCAUGCUCUCUUUCUCCUUCUCAGCACUUGUCUUUGCACAGAAGGAAAGAGUGCUAAGCUCUUUGGGUAGAUUUGUAAUUGCAAUUUGGCUUUUUGUUGUGCUAAUUAUCACACAAAGUUAUACAGCAAAUUUGACAUCCAUGUUAACGAUUCAACGAUCUGAUCCAACCUACACUGAUGUUAAUGAACUUAAGGAUGGUCGGUACAAUGUUGGUUAUCAGGAAGGUUCGUUUGUGUUUGGAAUGCUAAAACAGAUGGAUUUUCAUGAGUCCAAUCUUAUAAUCUUCAAGUCUCCUAAAGAAUUUGACGAUGCUUUCUCGAAUGGUACAAUUGUUGCUGCUUUCGAGGAGCUCCCGUACAUUGAACUCCUCCUUGCUGAAUAUUGCGAUGUCGCUGUAGUACGGUGGUGAAGUGUUGGAAACUCGUCAGCAUGCAUCUAUUGUCAUUGAUCUUGGUUUGGCACUAGUGGCCUCGAACUUGCAUGAAUACUCUUUUGUUCAAAGGUUUUCCCAAAAGGUUCUCCCUUGGCUCCUGAUAUUUCAAGAAAAAUCUUGAGCAUAAGAGAGGCAGGUAAAACGAAAAAGCUUAAACGAGCUUCGUUCAAGACUGAAAGAUCUUGUUCAGACAGGGACCCCUUCGCUUCAUCAAAUAGUCUUA